GUGUUGAAAUGUGGAAUGCACACGUCUACGUCUACGAAAAACAUGAUGUGAACUCAUUUUACGAUAUUUUCCUUUAGUUCAGUAAAAGUGUGCAAGAAGCGCUUGAAAAGAUGUAGGACACACUUAAUAAUAAUUGUUAAUAACUGAUGGAAGUGAAGUCAAUUAAUUUUCUGAGGACUAGGCCUAAUUGAGAAAAAUGUCUCGGGCAACAGUGUCCAAAUCCCGUGCCGAUAAAGGUAAAGAUAAAGACAAGGAUCGUGGUGGCAGUACUUCGGUUCCUGUGCCUCCCGUCAACACGGACGUCAUCCCUGGACGAUUCACUGAAACUGAUUGGGGAUCAUUGUUGGAGAAAGAAGAAGGCGAAGAUUUCAGUGUCGAUAUCGUUGGAGAUGUCGUCAACUCAGCUCUCCAUAUCAUCUAUGAAAACUACAUACAGAAGCAGCUAUAUCCCUACACGGUGACGCAAGCUAGGGACGCCAUACUUCAGAUAAUAGAGUGGCAAUUUCUCGCUCGUGACGAAGGCGAAGAAAAACCUGAGGAAAAUUUCACGUGGCAGGAAGAGGACGAACCCCAGCCCUCAGUUCCAGAUGCCUGGGCGCAAGGGUCCGUGCCCAGACUGCCCCAGCCGCCACUCUCCCCGCCAGUGUCGGAACCAGACACCGACGUGACAUCGGUCAGUCGGCUCUCCGAGCCAGAGAUCCUGGAAGAUCUGCCGACGUCCAUCAACGAGACGGGAACCAUCGUCGCGGCAGACGAGACGUACGCGCCGGUGGCGAGGCCCGCUGAAAUCAAAGAGGAGGAAACAGAGCAGACACAGGAGAAAGACGAAACGAAGGCAGAACCAGACAAGUCUGUUGACGCCAAGCCACGAAAGUUUAAGUACAAGCCCUACAGAGGACCGUUGAGGUCAGCUGGUCUCCGGAAUAUCACGAAGACGCUCGACGAAACAGACCAAGAGAUAGAUUUGGCCGAGCAAAGAGCACGAGACCCAACACCGGAGAAAAAAGACAUCUUUGAACACAUGCCCUCCUCAUGCCAUUCGAUACUUAAGGUUCAAGCAGGUCGCCCUCCGGGAAGCAAGGACGUGACUUACGAUGCGAAAGGCAACGUCGUGUCCGUCAUACGAUUAGACCCAGAAAGACUGCCCUCACACAGGGUAAGAACCAAGUUUGCGAUCGUGGAUCCGGCCGUCGAGGCAGCUCAUGCUAGACUGAUUGCAAUGAGGACCGGCCGCUACAUCUCCAGCACCGAUAAAGCUACAAAGAUGAAUGGCUACAUGGCCAAGAGCAGCAACGAACCCACCGAAUCGGUUGGAAACGGCCAAAGCUCCAAGAGAGGUGGUCCGGUCAUGGCUAGUGCCAUGACGGUGGGUAGCAGUAACACAAUGACAAUGCAGAUGAAGGCGGCCUUCGAGAGCAACACGGUCAGUGGAGGCAUCACACCGCUGCCACCACCUCUGAUUGAAUCAAUGGACUUAUCCCCCGGCGUUGUGGUGAAGGAAGGCAACCGCACCAAGCGCGGUCCCAAACUCCAGCUACGCCACGGUGAAGCCGUCACGUCGGCCAAGCUGCGUUCCCUCCGUUCCAUCGGCGGACACGACGGUCACGGCCAUCCCCAGCUGACCGUGGCACAGAUCCUGUCCACCCAGUCGCCCAUACUCCGCCCCCUGCAUGCCACCGAACCCAUCCCGCCCAUAGUGCCACGCCCCUCAAACUCCGCCCAGGAGAGCGCUGUUUAGCAUUUUCCCCAAGUCUGCUGGUUGAAAUUCACUUUAAUUUAAGGAAUUAAUUGCAUGAGUGUAGCGUAUCGGCUAUCUUACUGAUCCACGUGACCUGGCCUACAUCCGGGUACUGGUCAGCGUCACCAUUGUAGUAGGCAAAGAUUGUGUAGCGCCACAUGCAGUAGUUCUUGGGCAAGCUUUCAAACCUGUGAUAAAUGGCAAAAACUAUGAGAAAAACGCGGGGCCAACACCCACGCUAAUGACAACCGUACACGGCACAGGUAGUGACCAUUAUGCCAUUUGAUGAAGAAUUGGCUGUUACUUUAUGUGAAGAUAAGCCGUACUGUCUAGUUUGCAACGCACGACGUGGUUGCGAACCAAACGCUUGCCUACUGCAAUGGUGGCCGAUCACGGGGGAACCGGAUGGUCACGUGGUACUUUGACGUCAUACAAUCGGAACCUAGUAUGAAUUUAAAAAAGGGCAGUGCCUGCAAGGUUCGUCUCUGCAAAAGAUGGAAAAUUUGUUGACCUUAAAGUCGAAGUAUUUCCAUAUUUUUUCAUUUUCAUUUCAGUCUGUCCAUUGAUAGAACCAGCGGUUUAUGUAUAUAUUGUAAUAUUUGGUCUGUUUUCAUGACAACAUGAGCUAGUGUUGAAAGAAAUUAUUUCAACUGUUUUUUUAAAAGAACUUUUCUUUGGUGUUCUGAAUAAUACAUACACACAUGUGAAAUGACUUUUGAUACGGAAGUCAAAUUGUCAAAUAUAAAGCAUAUUGAGGGCUAAAAUGGAAUAAUAUUAUCGAGCGUUUUCCAUAAAUAUCUUUUGCACGCUAUCACUGUAUAUUCACGAGGCCCCCUUCAAUGGAGAAACCAUUGUGCUCGCUAUUGUAUAAAGCAACUGCCCGUGAGGGAUUAUCUGAACAAUAGCUAGCACAAUGCUUUCGCCAUUGAAGGGGGCCUAAAAAACACUCAAACCAUUUUACAAAGUGAAUAUUUAUUUUCCCUGCUUUACAUAAUAAUAUAAAAUUUUCAUAACUCCGUCCUUUUAUAUGGAGAUUGUAAUAAAUUUAUUCCAUUAUAGCUCCCUAGAGCAAUACCUAAUGAAUUGUUUUAAAUUGUAAAUAUUUUACAGCAAAAAAAAUCAACCAAGGUGCCUGUAUUUUCUCACCUUUAGAUCAUUUGUACAUUUUAAAGUGUGUAUUUUCUCGUUUGCUAAUUGUGUUCACAUAACAACCGUCCAAUAAAUCCAUCAAUAAGGAUAUAUCUUACCAGUGAAUCUUG